UAUAAAUGCCCUGAAGUUUUGUGCCGGCCAUCAUAGUCUAAAGAUUCACCAUUGUAGUGACACUGAAAAGUCAAAUCUCCGAGAAAAUGAAGUUGCUAAUCGUGCUUGCUCUCGUGGCUGUAGCCAACGCCGCUGACUUCUCCAGUUUCUCCUACGGUGUUGCCGACCCUUACACUGGUGACUUCAAGAGCCAGAUUGAAAGUCGCGCCGGUGAUAAUGUUCAAGGCCAGUACUCCCUGCUCGAACCUGACGGUACCCGUAGAACUGUUGACUAUGCUGCUGGAGCCGAAGGUUUCAAUGCCGCCGUGAGGAAGGACCCGGGUCUGAUUGCCGGCAUCCCAUAUGCUGCUCCCUACGGCUAUGCAAACUGGGCUGCUUACCCCGGCUUUGGUAUCGCACCAUACGCGUACAACCCCAUAAAGUUAAUAGAUGAUAAAAAUAAAGAUGUAGCAAUCCAUAAACUGCUUAAGAAUGCACCAAAAGGCCAGUUACAUUCAGAGAAAGUGAUUUCACUGUGCAGCAAAAUCAUACUCACCAAAAUGGCAGCUAAGUUCGUCGUUGCAGCUUUGUUGGUGGCAGCCGCUCAGGGCAGCGCGAUCCAUGGCCCCGACUACACAAGUUUCUCUUACGGCGUGGCGGACCCCCACACCGGUGAUGUCAAGAGCCAGCACGAGACUCGCAUCGGCGACAGCGUGGUAGGCCAGUACUCGCUCCUGGAAUCUGAUGGCCAUCGCCGCACCGUAGACUACGCUGCCGGACCUCACUCUGGAUUCAACGCAGUCGUCCGCAGGGACCCAGCCCUGGUCGCCCACGCCGCUCCCGCUGUUGUUGCCGCUCCUCUGGCUCACGCCGCCCCAGCUGUAGCCGCACCCCUGGCGUACGCCGCCCACGCCGCGCCCCUCGCUGUCGGAGCUCAUGUGGCCCCAGGUGCUGUCUCAUACUCUGCUCACAGCACCUCCGUUGCCCACGGAACUCCCCUUGCCCACGGAGCUGUUGUAGCCGCUCCCCUCGCUCACGGUGCCGUCGCCUACGGAGCGCAUGGUCUCGGUCUCGGUGCCCACGGUCUCGGUCUCGGUCUCGGUGCCCACGGCCUUGGCCUCGGUGCCCACGGUCUCGGACUCGCCGGUCAUGGUCUUGGCUACGGCUAUGGUCAUUAGGGAACACACAUCCAACAACUACUAGGCAAUAAUAAUAUAACAAACGGAUAUACUUGUAAUUUAUUCUAUCGACAUGUGAGUAAAUGAUGUGCAACUGUGAUUGAAAUUUAUGAAUAAACUUGUGAUAAGUUUAACACAUA